GAGAGCUCUCCGUCUGACCACAACGCUCCAAUGGAUCCUGACAGAAAAUCCACCGUCUCAUCGUUUUAUGGUCGUAAAGGCUCAGCAGAUGCAUUGAAUGACGACUAUCCAUCACCUACAGGCAACAAUUACGGCUCACAGAGGACUCCACGAGACGAUGCAUCUUCUUUUUUCAAUCCAGACCACGCGUCACGGAAUCUAGAUAACUACGGAAGUGCUGGAUAUAAUCGCAAUUCUUUCUUCUUCGCUGGUAGGGAGGAGCCGUUGAAGGGUGGCCAGGAUGAAGAGCAGGGCAACGGGGGCUUUGAUAUCUACGCCGACUUCAACAAUGCAGGACCUAGGUAUAGCUCUGCGUUGGUUGGAAAUAAUGACGGAUACCAACCUCUACCACCAUUGACACCAAAGCACAAGGAAGACAGUCAAAAUACAGUAGGCCCUGUUGAGCUGGUCACGGUACCUGCGCUAGGUCCCGAAUGGCAGCGUUCAGAACUGCACGACAUGUCCAAGGCCGGCAGGCGGGAAAAGAAGAGAGAGAGUCGUCAGGGAAAGUGGACCGCAUGGAAGCGAGGAGAACGUGGGAUGUGUGGCAAAUGGUUCACAAGACGAGUAACAGUAUUUUUCUUAUUUGGUCUCGCGAUUGUUGUCGGGAUACUUCUGGCUAUCAUGGUACCACGGGUGCCGAGUGUGACGAUUAACAGUGACACUCCUCUUGCCAAUGCCACCGGCGACUGGAAAACCGCUGUACCAACGUACUUCAAUCGUUCGCCGGCCAAUUUUUCUUUCCCUGCAUAUGCCGAUCUUCAACUUAACACAGGGAGCAAUAUCCUGCCUCUGAUAUUCUCCAAUAUCAAGGGUUAUGUCUAUGACCUAGACACAAGUAGGGAAAUUGCGACAGGCAGCACGGGCCAUAAGACUGUACCUGCUAAAUCCUUCCCGGAAUUUCUUCUUCCCUUGAAUUUCUCCUACAUUGCCUCGAACGAUUCGGAUGCAACCUGGAACAAUUGGUACGAUGGUUGCAGGAACGCCGCUGCUUCGGCGUCUGGCGCUCGUGAUUCGGUCAAAUUCAAGCUAAUCUUGGAAAUGGACAUAGUAGGUCUCAUUGGAUCGCGCUCAACGACAACACAGGUUACGAAUGCCAAUUGUCCGAUUGAGCUGUCGAUAUCUGCUGCUUGAGUAUCCUUGGAAAACUUGCCAUGUCCGCUCUAUAUAUAUACUGCCUGGCCUCUCACGUAGUCUACACCUUCAUACCGGAUCUUGGACUUUCAUGCUUCGGACGUAAUACCAUCUAACCUUGCAUGAGCAAUCUUUCCAAGGAUAUCAUAACCGUCGUUUACUGCUUUUCGAGUUUGCCGUGUUUACCUUUCAGUUUAUCGUUUUUACCUUCGUACUAGCACAGAUCAUCUGUACAACAUCGUUCGGGCACUAUGGACAGAGUAUUUAUCAUAAUAGCAUGCGCUCUUUAGUGAGUAUGA